AUGGAGGCCCAGGUUCAGGCUGCUUUCCCUCACGAGCCGGCGCAAACUGCAAUAUCAGAGUCUGCUGCUGCUCAGACCAAGGAGGCGGACACUAGCCGAUUAUCCGAAGAUACCGAGUCCAGCGAUGAUGAUGAAGAGCCUCAGGUCACGAAUCCCUCAGCAGAUAUCCGUGUGAGCAGUAUCUCGCCUGAUACUACACAAUCUCGGAAGAAACGUGUCCUUCUACCCCUCAUUCCGUUGAUCGCCGCCAGACUCAAGUCGCGCCCGCCCCAAUCGCAAAGUAUUCCGCACCUCGACAAGCUAUCGCAAUUUGUGGUGGGGUCAACCGUGCGGGCUUGGUCCGUAUGUGCCCCCACGAGGGAUGAAAUUGCCUGCAUCGUGCAAGCUUGCAUCCUAGGCGGCGAUGUGGGGUUAUUCAUCAAGACCGUAUGGUCGGCGUUGAAGACAGCAACGAACUCGCAUACCAGCAUCGUGGACUUCAUCAGGGAGUUGCAGAUGUGCCGUGCCGAGAUGUGCCGUGCCGAGAUCUCCGCAGGCUCUUCCGAUGAUUCCUUCUCAUCACUGAUCAGAGAGGCACUGACUUUUGCGAUCCAGAAGGCUUCAUUCACCGCGUACACUCCUCAACCAGCCUACCCCUAUUAUGGCCUCGGCAAUCGAGCUUCUGGAAUUGGCUUCAGCGCCAGCGGUGUCACGUAUUGCGAGCUCGUCUUGAAGCGUCUCCUGGAAUCCGCAUAUCUCACGCCAGCGUACAUUGAGAACGUCCUCGCGCCUUUCCUACCAGAGUUGCGGCAAUGGGUGACGAAGCACCAAAUUCAACUCGACUCGAAGCCUUUCAGUGAUACGUUCAAGAUGAUUGCCUAUCUUUGGGUAACGAAGGUCCUUGGACCCAAGCCCUCCGAAGCAACCCAGCAUGUUGCGCGAAUGCGGAGUCACGAUUGCACUUGUGCACCUUGUACCGAAAUCUUCCGGUUCCUGACCACGAGUCCGGAGAGGAGCCACCGGUUAGAGUGCAUAGGCGCACCGAAACGCAGGCAUGUUGAGCAACAGCUCCUGACAUACGCAGGUUCUUGCGCACAAUGGUCGACGAUCACAACUAGUCCUCAAGGCUUAUCGGUCAUGAAGACCGAUCUGAUUUACCAGCCCAUCAAGUGGAAAGCGACACUUGCACAAAGCCCCAGCAUCUUGAAAUCAAUCUCGGACAAACCGGAAGUCCUGCGGUCAGUCUUUGGCGCCGAUUACCAAUCGAUGGCCGAUCUAUUCUACGGUCGCAAAUCUAUCAGCAACAUGAUAUCCAACUCGUUGCGAUCAGCACCGGGUGCGGGCUUACCAUCAGUUUCCUUUUCGGACCCUGCUGGUCGUGGUGCCUCCAAUUCAUCUGCAACGGCAACGCAACUUCCGACGACUUUACCUUCAGUAGCCACGCAGCCCAGUCGGAAGCGUAAAGCAACCUACAAUGUGGACGACGUCAUUGAUCUCACUUAG